CCGCUGGGUGGGACGCUCAGCCGCGGCCAGAGGCGACAUGAGCGCUGCAGGGCUGUUGGCCCCGGCCCCGGCCCCGGCUGGAGCGCCGCCGGCUCCGGAGUUCUACCCAGAGGAGGACGAGGAGCUGGAGAGCGCCGAGGACGACGAGCGCAGCUGCCGGGGCCGCGAGUCGGACGAAGACACAGAAGAUGCUAGUGAAACUGACCUGGCAAAGCAUGAUGAAGAGGACUAUGUAGAAAUGAAGGAACAGAUGUAUCAGGAUAAACUGGCUUCUCUCAAGAGGCAGUUGCAACAACUGCAGGAAGGUACCUUACAGGAAUAUCAGAAGAGGAUGAAAAAACUAGAUCAGCAGUAUAAAGAGAGGAUCCGAAAUGCAGAACUCUUCCUCCAGCUGGAGACAGAACAGGUGGAGAGAAACUACAUUAAAGAAAAGAAAGCAGCGGUGAAAGAAUUUGAAGACAAGAAGGUGGAGCUGAAAGAGAACUUGAUUGCUGAGCUAGAAGAGAAGAAGAAAAUGAUUGAAAAUGAAAAGCUGACGAUGGAGCUGACUGGAGAUUCUAUGGAAGUGAAACCCAUCAUGACCAGAAAGUUGCGGAGGCGACCAAAUGAUCCUGUCCCCAUCCCAGACAAGAGGAGAAAACCUGCUCCUGCCCAGCUAAACUAUUUGUUAACAGAUGAACAGAUCAUGGAGGAUCUGAGAACAUUGAAUAAGCUUAAGUCACCCAAGAGACCAGCAUCCCCAUCCUCUCCUGAACACUUGCCUGCCACACCGGCAGAGUCUCCAGCCCAGAGAUUUGAAGCUCGGAUAGAAGACGGGAAGCUGUACUAUGAUAAAAGAUGGUACCACAAGAGCCAGGCCAUCUAUUUAGAGUCAAAGGACAACCAGAAACUGAGCUGUGUGAUCAGCUCUGUUGGAGCCAAUGAGAUCUGGGUGAGGAAGACCAGUGACAGCACCAAGAUGAGGAUCUACUUGGGCCAGCUUCAGCGCGGGCUCUUUGUGAUCCGCCGGAGGUCAGCGGCUUGACUUUCUACAGUGUUCUUCUUCCCUUGACCAUUUUUCUGGAGUGGUUUUUGGUUUUGUUUUCUUCCAAAUAGAAAGUUUUUAACUCGGGAAUUGCUCCUUGGCCUUGGAAAACAGGGAGAGCUGUUGUGGAUUCUGCAAGGCGCUUUUGGUGGCAGCCACUCCAGUGUUUGCAUUACUCCUUCCUGCCUCGACCUCUUCCAGCCGGCAGUCACCACGAACUUUUAUUUUUGGGAGUGUUGCGAGUUCGAUUUACUAAUUUCUUUGUUUUUUUGCUUAUACUUUGCCUUUUUAUUUUAUUUUUUUUAAAGCCUCCUUUGAGUUUAAAGGGACAUCUUUUUUUUUUUUUUUUUGGUCUUUAGGUCUUUCUACCAGGAAGGGAUAUACUUUGCAUUGCAUUUUCAUGGUUUGAAUCUGAUUAGUGGAUCACGUAGCUCUUUCCCUUGUCGAGCCCAAUUCACUGUUUCUCCAGAAGCUUGGGGCAGAGGUCCUAGCAGAAGGAGAUUAAUUCUCCUGGCUCUCAGCUUUCUCUGAGAAAUAAAUGCCUUGUGUAACAUCUGGCGUAUGCCAUCCAUUCCACUGGCUGAGUGACAGAAAAAUUUGCCUGGGUGGCUACGUGUGCUGAAGUAAUGGGGUUGGGGGAGGGGGUGUCUCAUGCUCCUCAAGUACUGAAGGUACUGCAGUGUAAAUGUUACUUAAUGUGAGUAUUUGAUUCAGGCACAUUUGAUCUAGCCUGAACCAGAACAAAUAGUCAUUUCAGAAGUUUUUAUUUCUAAUUCACUUCCGUUCUUUGCUCCUAAGGAGAUGAAGUGGUACCUGGUGGCGUGGGUGCAUUGCCUGGGUUGUCUCUUGUAGGUGGGGAGGGAGGAUGAUAGGGCAGUUGUCAGUGAUCUAGAGACUCUCAUAACUCCACUCACACUCUUGUUGCUGAUGCUGUUACUGCACACGGACUGUCUUGAGCCCGUGGAGCCUGGUUGUCAGUGCCCCCAGCCUCCCAGGAGUCUGGCCCAGGCUGAAGACAAAGGAAAGCUCUGCUGUGGCUGCCACUAACCGAAGGAGUCCUGGUGAAACAGCUUCCCCACUCUCCCUGCCUCCUGCCCCUCAUUCCCAGCACUGGAGAAAUGAUUUGCUGGCAGAUGGAGUUUUCUGUAUUGUAGCUGCCACCUUAGGAUAUUUAGAGAAUUUGGGGUUAGAGCAACUGUUAGCACUUCUGUGGGUAGUCAGUAGACCUUACACUUUCUAGGAAAUAUUUGUAUGCCGUACCCUCGGACUCCGGUGAUUCUCUCCGUGUUGUCUCUUAAUGUAUACACCCCAAAGCAAGUUGGGGGGUACAUGAUGAGAAGCGAAUCACCUUCCUCUAAGUCCUGGCUUCAACAGAGACCAAACCUUACUGACUCAGAGUAAAGACUUGUACAGAUUGGUUUUUAAUUUAUAACCCAUUUGUUGUUUUUUCCUCUCUCUCUUUUUUCUGGUGUUGGAGUCUCCUUUAGAGAACAGGGUAAAUGAUGCUUGUUUAUUUAGAGUUGCCUGGAUGUUCUGUGCUUCUCCUCUGCCCGCAGCCCCCAUUAUGAUUACUGGAGUGAACCAAGUCCACAGUAAACAGGGCCUUCAUCUUUCAUUUCUUCUUGAUAGCCUUUGCUCCAAGAGAGGGCCUCUGUCACUUGAAUUGUCACUGUGGUGUGUGUAACAUCCCAUCAUAGGUGGCUGUCUGUCUGUUCUCUACUAGUGCCCUGCAAUGGAAAUUUAUUUAGAUACAGCAUGUGUGGUCAUCUAAGUUGUUUUUUGGAUGAUUGUCUUACUGGCUUCCUAGCAGUACACCAAAGUUUGUUGUUGUUAUUAUUUUUAGAAAGGCUUGUGUUGAUAACUACUGGGGAUUUAAGCAUCAAAGCAACAAGUUGCCUUUUUUUCUCGCCUUCUCUGGUAGCACCUUUGUGCUCUUGUGAAGUAACUAUUCAUCUGAAGACCAGGGUAUGGGCAAGUUGGACUCUUCUAUAAAUUUUAGGGUGAUGAGGUCAUGCUCCGGCCUCAGCCACAUCACUGCCUUCUGCUUCUCAAUAUCCUCACAAUCCGUAAUCAAGACUGUGGGAAUGAGGGCAAGUGGGAAGUAGACUUGUGACACAGCAUAGUAAAUUGUACUCUUAAUCCCAGAAGGUUGAGUUUUUUCAUCACUGCAGAGAUGAGCUGAGCAGUUCAGCCCCUUGGACAGGCCCCUGUGGUGAUCAGGGGUGGUCGAGCCCCCUUGUUAGGAGUUGGAGGUGCUUUUGUGAUGGGCAAAACCAGACUGAAUUCCUGAUACCACCUGCAUUCCCAGAUUCAAACUGUUUCUUGCAAAUAAUACUUUGAUAAAGGUUGGUCUAGACAGCUUUUAGGAAGAACCUGUAUAUGUGUGAAUCUGGUCAAGAACCUGCACUUGUGUUAUUUUGAUCAAGAACCUCUAUGUGUGUUUUGUUUGAGGCACUUGCCUCAGUAUUACACACUGUGUUUGCUGUGGAUGUAUCCCAAUAUUUAUUUUACCUCUGCUUGGGGGUUUGUGUUGCCUUCCCCACCCUCUGACUCCUCUUCCAAAGCCAGUGUCCUCUUGAACAAUUUCCAGAUUUUCGUAGCCAUACCAAAGCUAGGAUGUUUUCAUUCAUUUGAAUACCAGUAUUUAUGGAUAUCUAACUACCUAACUUAAUUUUUUUUUAAACUUUGAACUGGGGCCAGUGUAAGAUCCCAGAGGCUGAUCUGCAAAUGAAGCUACUUGUAUUUGUGUGUGAGACCCUGUGUUCAGGAUUGGGUGACUUUUCUAAGAGAAAUAUUGGGGAUGGGUUGGGGUUGGUUGCAUUUUUUUUUUUCUUAACCUAACUUGGGGGUGGGGGGAAAUCCUAUUUUUUACAGUUUUUUUGUUUUUGUUUUUCUAUUAACAUUUCCUUUUAAGGCCUUGAAUUUUUACUAAAUUUCCUCCUGACUUAAAAAUCUUCUAAUCUGGGAAGUUGAAAUCUCGGUACUUAAUGUUACACCAAUUUUUCCAAAGAGUUCAAACCACUUUAAUACCAGUACAUGGUAAAAAUUUGCAGCCAUUUCAAGCAGCUGGUGGGCUUUUUAUAUAUCAUCAUUAACUGGUAUCAUUAAAUGUUCUGAGAGGUGAAUGUAAAAUGUAAAAAGUAUAGGGUUGUUUUUUUUUUUUUAAUAACAAUAAACUUUCAAAGAGAAAACCA